UUCAAGGGGGACUUUUAAAAGUCGGUAUUAAAAUUUCUCUCGUUGCUUGUCUCUGUUUGUUUCUUAACCUCCUUGGGAGACAGUAUAAAUCGUUUAUUUUGUAAUUAAAUAAUAGAUUGAUGAGAGUAUUUAAUUGCAGACUGCACACAUUUUUCUGCCUAUGAAACGCUGUCUAGCUACACAUAUCUGGUGAUCUGCGCGUCACACGAGCGAAAAAAAAUACGGUGAAAAAAAAUUCUGGAAUAGGCGAAAAACGCCCCAGUGAUUCCAGAUGGCGUUUGCCCUUCUUCUACGAGGACACAAAAUAACUUUGUGCUUCUUCCUUUUUCAACUGGUUGUUUGCGAGUCAGACGUACACAACUCAGGGAUGAGAUCACCAAAAUGGGUGCAAGAUUUUAACGCCGAUUUCAUCAUAGGCGGGUCAUUCCCCGUGUUUUUGAGCGAGAAAAACGCCACGAAAUGCAAGAGUGAUGAUAAACGUUUUCAGGUCUUCAAAUCUGUACACGGAGAGACCGUUAACUGCUAUCGAAUGAACUUGUUCGGUUUAAUGUGGGUCGAAGCGAUGUUAUUUGCAAUUGAAGAAAUAAACAACAACUCGACUAUCUUGCCGAACGUUACUUUAGGAUACGAUAUUCGGGAUAGCGCGAACGAGGUACAAUUCGCGAUGAGCAACGCAUUAGACUUCUCUUCGACUAAUCGAGGAGGGAUUUACAGCAGCGGUGCCCACAACAAUGGGUCCUGAUCCAACGCGUCCAUUGUCGCUGUCAUUGGCGGAGCUGGUUCAAAAAUAUCAAAAGCUACAGCUUACGUACUGGGGGUGAAGUCCAUUCCGCAAAUCAGUUAUUCUUCCACGAGUCCUUCGCUCAGCAACAAAGCAAACUUUCCGUCCUUUCUUAGAACGAUCCCGCCCGAUUACAUCCAAGCGCAAGUCAUGGCGGAUCUUGUGAGCUACUUUGGCUGGAAUUACGUAUCUACCAUAGCCACUGACGAAGAUUAUGGACGGUUAGGAAUCGAAGCGUUUAAACGAGAAAUAAAAACGAGGAAUGUGUGUAUUUCUAUCGACGAACUAUUCCAUCCCGACUACACCUUACCCGAAACAAAAGCCCAGAUAUCGACAAUCGUUGGCGCCUUAAAAGCAGACAGACUCGCCAAAGUUGUUGUGUUAUUCUGCGAGAUUCCAAACGCGCACGCCUUUUUGGAAGAAGCGGAAAGGCAAGGCGUAGAAGGAAAAAUAUGGAUAGGAACGGACUCAUGGGGAGAUAAGAACUCCAUAUUAUCGUUCAGGGAUUCAACAGUUGGUGGAAUGUUAGGCGUUGUACCAAGUAAAGGAAACAUUAAAAAAUUUGAGGAUUAUAUGGCACAGUUGACACCUGCUAACACCGAGCACAAUCCUUGGUUUGGGGAUUAUUGGCAAGGAACGUACAGAUGUAGUAAAGAAAGAAUUGCACAUUUGAACGAUAGUUCGGAAGGAGGAAAGCAAAACAGGUCGCUUCACCAAGUGAAAUGCGAUGGAUUUUCGAGCGACGCAACGCUGCCAAACGCCGCGAAACUCGAACUAAACAAAGCCGCAAAUGUCAUGGAUGCAGUUUACUCUGUCGCUUUAGCUCUCGAUAACAUGAUUAGGUGCGAAAAAGGACGUGGUCUGCUAACAAAUGGUAACUGUCCCAGUAUAACAAAUGGAAUUGAAGCAUCGGACGUGCUCACUUAUAUAAAAAAUAUGUCCUUCACCGGAAAGCUCGGUUUUCCAAUCGGAUUUGACAAGUAUGGGGACAUAAAAGGUAACUAUUUGGUUAAGACUUUACAGCCCGACACAGACUCCAGGCAAGGCAAAAAAUUUAUCACGCUGGGAACCUGGAACUGGGCCACACGCAGACUCCAUAUUCAUAACAUCACAAACAUCACGUGGAACGGAUGGAAUCCCAGAGUGCCAUUCUCACGCUGUAGUUCACCGUGUGAGCCUGGGCACUACAAAGUCCAGGGCGACUCCGAAUGCUGCUGGAAGUGUGUUCAGUGCCCGUUUGGAAGCAUAACGAACAGAACGGGACAAUCCCAGUGCGACAUCUGCCCGUUGGGUUUCACUUCUUCUGAACAUCACACGAGAUGCUUGCACCUCCCGGAAGUGCACUUAGAAUGGGAUUCUAUAACCGGAAGUGUGAUUUUAGCUCUCAGCGGCCUUGGGUUCUUGAGUACGGUUUUCACUCUUGGUGCGUUCUAUCGGCAUCGGAACAGCGCGAUCGUAAAAGCUUCGACAAGAGAAUACUCCCUGUUGAUUUUACUGAUGAUAGCAGGAAUGUUUCUUCUUCCUAUCCUUCAUUUAGGCCGAGCUAACGACCUCAUUUGCAAAGCACGCCCGUUCUGCUUUGCAUACGUUAUCACUUUCUGGGCCUCGCUGAUGUUGACCAAAACCCGGCGUUUGUUGCUGAUAUUCAAAAACAAAAUGCUUCCUGGUAAAGUCGGUUAUGGUAUUCGCUUGCAGCUUCUGAUUGCCGUUCUCCUAACUUUGCCAAUAAUGUUAGGUAUUAUACCGUGGGUGUGGAUAUUUCCGCCGGAAGUUACCGUGUACUAUUAUGAUACGCGCAUCUGUGUUGACUGCGGCGAAAAGGCGCACAACUUGCUCAUGAUCAUAUUGGGUUACACCGCUGUACUGGCCAUACCGUCCACGUAUCUGGCCUACAGGGCUCGUAAUCUGCCGGCGAAUUUUAAUGAAACAAGACUUAUAGGAUUUUCAAUGUUCACUGUAUGUGUGAUAUGGAUAGUCUUUGUACCCUGUUACUUCGACAGUGCUAUUGAAAACAGAAAUGUUGUGUUUUGCGUUGCACUCAUUUCCACAGGUUUCACGAUUCUCUUUUGCACGUUUUCCAUCCGGUUGCGGAUCAUUUUCUUCCAACCCGAGAAAAACAAAACCGAAUUGGUAAGGGCCAGUAUGUUUGACUACACACUGCGCGCACGCAGUGGAUCGUCCGCUGCCCGGAAUCUUCGCCGAAUGUCAGUAGUGACCGUGGGCACAUUUUCUAUUCCAACAAAGGUUCAUUAAAACUGUUAGGGCAGUUAAUGAAUUAACCCUUUAACUCCCAAGAUCUUAUUGUUAAUUAUCCCCUCCGGCUGCUACACAAUUCCUUGUAAACUGGUUACCAGAACAGAGUUUAAUAACGAAUUGUUACGUCAAAGGUAUGUGGUCGAGAACGCGGGCUCAAGCGUGCGAGGUUUAAAAUUUAGCGAAAUUUGCGAAAAAAUAAGGAGCUGGCAUUCAAAACCGAGGUCGUCGGAAACAUUUUCCUAUUUCCAAAGUUUUUUUUAGGAGAAAAUUAAUUUUCGAAAAUAUUUAGGGGGUGUACAAAGU